AUGACCUCCAACCUUACCACAACGCUAUCCGCCACCAACUGGUCUACACAAGGCUGGAACCCUUUCUACUUUGAAUUCCCGGACCGGAAUCCGUGCUUUGGGUUAAAAGAUGUUGCACAGUGUUCAGGGAAUACGACGGACGUCACAGCGACGAUGCUCCAGUUCCUUAAUCUCACCGACUUCAACAAAUAUUUCGAUGCGUAUUGCUUGAAUCCCCCAGACGACUCGUGUGCCUUUGGGUUCUGCCCCAAUCCCGAUGUUGCGUCGCCAACGGUGCGGUAUUCGACAUAUUUCACCACCGUCAUGUCGGCAGUCUUGGUGUUGUACCUUCCGGAAGAGGUGGCUUCAACAUUUUUCUCCCAACUUCUCAAUGUCUACUCCCUCAUCAUCGCCGCUCUUAUUGCUGUGGCCAAAAGAAACCUAACCAAGCCACAUACCGCUGUAGCGCUGGGCCUUGCAUGCUCUCCACUAAGCGCCUACCUCAUCAUCUAUGUUAUCCGAUCGUUAUUUGGAGGUCUUACACGGCUACACAGCGUGUUUGGGAAAGGGAUGUGGCUGCCGCGGCUUGCAGUCUUGAUGCUCGUGCCCGUCUGGAUUACCCUUCUGAUCCUGACCUCCGUUCCCAACGGCUCGUGGCGGUUCCAACAGACCGCCUGCGACGCCAUUGUCGCCAACCACCAUAUCCUGCAGACCUUCUUUGAACCCUUCCUCAUACUCUCCCAAUACUUCGCACCCUUCACGGGAACCGUGUUCGGGAUAUGGUUUAUUACAUGGGCGGUGGCGAUUUACUUGCGCAGGAAUGAUAUCUGGAAGUCCGGCAAGGGUAGAUUUCCUCUCCUAAGGAUGUGGCGCAAGGUUGUGGACCACUACCCGUUCAUCCAGUUCUGCACCGUCAUUGCCAUCCCGCAUAUCGCUUGGAUCAUCAACAUAGAGAUGGGUGUAGCGGUUAUUCUUACCCGGGAGUCGUUCUCCUACACGUAUGGCCAGAUGCUGGCCCUUCUCGUCACCAUCCCACCCAUCAUCCAACUCGUACAGCUUACCCCAAGGUUAUUCUGGUGGUUUGUUGAUCUAACGUGGGUGCGCUUCGUGAGCUUUCGACGGAAUAAACCACGACACAAUCCGCCUUUGGAUCGGCGGAGUACAAACGAGUCAACCGAUGCUGGUGGGGAGUACAGCGAGCUGCAGGACACGCUUCCACUUGUCGAGCCAAAACACCGUGUGUCGUUUUCCCAAGACGACGCCGCGAAAUCCAGGGGGGUGCCAUGA